GAAGGACCCCACGCUGCGGCCGGCCGCCGCCCAGGCCCUGGAGCACCCGUGGCUCGCCGCCGCCGGCGGGCCCCCGCCGCCGCGCCGCAGCUCGCCUCCGCGGGCGCGCCGCGGCUCCUUCGGCCCGAAGCUGGCGCCGCGUGGCGACGGCCCCGGCAGCCCACCGCCGCCGACCAACCUGGCCGUGUACGCCGACGACGGCCCGGCGGGCGCCUGCCAGGCGCUCGACUGGUCCAGCGACGAGGAGGCCAUCGUCGAGGGCAGCUCGCCGUGCGCGCGCGAGGACGCCGAGGACGGCAAGGGCCAGGCCGACGCGACGCCGUCGACGCAGGCGGUGCCCUGGUCCUCGCCCUCCGCCGCGCCCGACUCGGACGGCGGCUCGCCGCCGCCGUGGGCGCCGCAGGACGACGAGGAGCCCGCAGACCAGGGCUGGAGGCCAGGCGCGGGAUGCCAGGCCCAUCCGGUGCUGGACCCACUGUGAGCGGGCGCGGUCGCGGGGGGAGCGGGGAGAGGAGGGUGGCGGCUUGGUCUUAGAGGUCCAGUUGCGCUGCCGCGCGGAGCCGCCCUCGCGCUGGAGAACGGGGCGCCCGCGGCAGGGAUGAGGGCCUGAGGGGAGGCAGACCCGGUGCGGGACGCCCCUCGGCCCACUGCUGCAGCUUUUCGGUUUCCAGCCUCGCUGGGCCGGGUCCGCGCUGAGCCAGGUCA